GCACGGGCAACCUCUGAAGCUCGCACGGCCGUGCACCCUGGCCGUGCGAGAGGGCUGAAGUUCGACUAAAUGACACGCUGCGUUUUGAGUUGCACGGCCAGAAUGGUGAUAUGCACGGCCGUGCACCCUGGCCGUGCGAGUCGGGAAAUCUGGUUUUAAGCCAAAUUCCGAACCAAAGAGGAGGGAGAGCUGGGUUUUUGGAUCCCAAACACCCAAGGGACGAACCCUAGAGAGAGAGAGAGCGACUUGGAAACAUUCUUGGAGCUAUUUUGGAGGAUUUCUUCGCCAUUGGAGCUCGGGAAUCAAGCUUGGAGAUGGAGAUUGAAGAUCUAGAUCAGAUUUCUGCAGUCUCUCUCUUCUCUAUGGAGUAACUUCCCUUCACUUAGGUUUUGAGGAACCCUAGUUCCAUGAGUUAGGAUCUUUCUUGUAUGAAGUUUUGGAUGCUUUAUUGUUUGAUUAUAAUCGAUUGAGGCAUGAUUUAUUGAGUCAAUUGAAUCUUGAUCAAAUUCUCUUGAUUUCUGCUUUAACCUAUGAUAGAUAGAAUCUGAUUAGGUUAAGAGAGCUUCCUUGAUUGAUAGUGGUGAAUUGGUUGUGCGAGAGUCAAUCAAUUCACUGCUUUGUACUGGAAUCCAAUUCCAGUAGUGGAGUUCUGUGCUUAUUGCUUCAGCUUUCUAUCCCGGUGAAGACUAGUCGUCUGCCGGAUAGUUAGACUGAGAGGGCUUGGUCAGCUUAAGAGAUUCCAAGCUACUGUCGGAUCUUCCGCAGUUUAAUCAACAGUAAAUCAACCAAAAGGAAUUACAACUUGGACCUGAUUGAGGAGCUAGGGGGAAUCAUACCUAAGUGAGUUCCCAAACUGUAAUUAGUAGUUUUACUUAGUUUAGUUAGUAGAGUAGUUUAGUUAAUCAAUCCUUAAUCUAGUUUGCUAGAUAAUGAACUGAAGCUGAGUAAUAGUAACUCUAGAGACCCGUGGAUUCGAUAUUUAUUACUUGUGCCACUAUACUGCAGUCCCUUUCAUUGGUUACACUUGGCCAUUGUUAGGUGUUGUGUUUGAGAGCAUCAAGUUUUUGGCGCCGUUGUUAGGUGUUGUGUUAGAGUAGCUUCUUCUUUCUUUUUUGCACUUCUUCUCUCAACAUGCUUAGUUUUUUUCCAGAUUCUUCUUCCUUACUCAUUUCUCCACACUAUAUUUUAUGUUUUACCAUGUGUUGUUGAUGAAAGUUUAGAAAUGAGAAGUAAAUACGAUGAUAUUUGGUUCAUAAACUUGUGAUUCUAAGAAAGUAGCAGAUAUUAUGCUACGUUUACAUCUAACGCUUAGGCACGCCUAGGCGACGCCUAAGCAUGCUAGGCACAAGGCAGAUCCUCAACACUCGCCUUACAUCUAACGCUUUCUUGAACCUUGGCUGUCUUUUAAAUCAUUUUGUGGGGCUUUUAACCAUUCAAGGGGGUUCAGGAAGAUCGAAGGUCGUUGAUGCAAUAAAACCCAGAGUUUUUCCAGAAAUGAACGACUACUUGUGUCGGCCUUGUUCAACGGAGGAAGUCUACAAAGCUCUGUACCAGAUAGGGUCCCUCAAAACUCCUGGAAAUGAUGGUUUCCCAGCCCUCUUCUUCAAAGAAAAUUGGGAGACCCUCAGGCCGCAAAUCACCAGCGAUCUUCUACACUACUUGGAAAUUGGAAGCAUACCUGCAGAACUCAAUUUCACACUCAUUGCUCUUAUUCCUAAAUGAAAGAAUCUAAAGUCCCAUAGGAUUAUCGCAGAUGACUCGAUAUUUACACAUGUUUUGUUCCACCAUUCUUAUACAGUUUGAGGCUCGGAUCUCAGGUUUUAAGGCGAUUUUACGCUAGGUUGUUCUUGUUUAUGACAUUUCAGGUCCUAAUGCAUGAAUGAAGGUUUGACACGGGUUCGGGUGUCGAUUGGGUGAAGACGGGACGAGCAAUGGAGAGCAGACGAGUUGCACGGCCAGUCGAGGAAGACGCAGUGAUUGAAAUUAGAGAACUAGAGGGAGAGGACAUUGGGACUAGGAGUUGACAAAACAAACAAAAGCAGUGAAGGUAUGGAUGAAUUCCAAACCGUAGGUGGUAUUUUAUAGUUCAUGUUUGGUGUCGGGUAACCGAGUUAGAUGCCCACCCCUAGUUCAUGGGCUAGAGAAGGCACAAAACUGAACAGGCCUUUCACCAUCCUUGGACAAUCCCAAUACAAGUUAAAUGUCCAAGAUCUUACAUAGGACCAAGGCUAACAAGACCAUACGAAUUGAGCUGAAGAACCCAUUGUCGUCUCCCAUUCAUCUCCUCUACCUAUCAAUGUCUUGUGUCAACUCUCAGCUCUGCAACCUUCAAUAGGGUGCUCAUUUUGUGGGUGUAAGCCAAAAACGUAUUGCAUUUUGACGACUUUCUUUAUUGAUAGAUUGAGAGUAUAAAUACACAAACCAACCAAGGAAAUCGGCCUUAACAGAUGACCUCAAUCCCACUCUCCUACAGAACUGCAAAUUGACUAACAAACAACUGAAAACUGACUCAAGUUGUUAUCGACAAUGACUACUGACUCGACUAACCAAACUUAAAACAUUAGGUACUAAACUGUAAGACUAUAG